AUGUUCAAGAUGCAACUCGCGUACUCGUGGGAACACGGGCUCUGCCUCGCCCUAGCAUCAUGGGUCCUCUAUCUAAUUGCGGGCGCCGUCUACAGGCUAUACUUCCACCCCCUUGCUAGGUUCCCAGGGCCAAAGAUUGCCGCGGUGACGGGCUGGUAUGAGACCUACCAUGAUCUGAUUCGUCGAGGCAUGUUUGUGUGGGAGCUGGAGAAGAUGCAUGAAAAAUACGGCCCGAUUAUCCGGAUAAACCCAAAUGAAUUACACAUCAAAGACUCGGAUUUCUACGAUGAGCUGUAUGCGCCGGCCGCCAAAAAACGAGACAAGUAUAAAGAUUUUGUGAUCCUGUCUGGCACCCCAAAUGCCUCGUUUGCGACGGUUGCGCACAACCAUCACCGUCUGCGCCGCAGCGCGCUCAAUCCCUUUUUCUCGAAGAUGGUCAUUAGUCGCAUAGAGCCUCUGAUUUUAGAGAAAGUUGAACGGCUUGCGACCCGAUUCACCGAAGCUGCGCAGGCGGAAGACAAACCGGUACUGCGGUUGGAUGCUGCAUUUAUGGCGCUGACCAUGGAUAUCAUCUGCCACUAUGCAUAUGGCGAGAGUUACAACUACCUCGGCGACGAUGAUUUCAGGGCGCGCUGGCGAGAGGCGAUGAUCUCGGCAUUGGAGAAUGGCAUUUUGCUGCGCAAUUUCCCCUGGCUGCUGCCAGUGUUGCAAAGCAUUCCUUAUUCUGUCCUCCAGGUCAUUAACCCCAAUGGCGCCGCGCUCAUGGAAUGGGCGGGGCUAGUCAAGCUCAAAAUUGAAGUCAUGAUGAAAGAGCAUGCGCAAGGAAACAAAGCCAGUGGCACCAUCUUCCACACAGUGCUCGACAGCGAUUUACCGCCGGAAGAGAAAUCGGCUGCUCGUUUGCUUGAAGAGGGCCAGUCGGUCGUCGGAGCUGGCAGCGAGACCACAGCAAACACCCUUACGAUCAUCAUGUUUUACUUGCUCCGAGAUAAGAAUUUGUUGCAAAAGCUUCGUGCAGAGCUGGCAUCUGCGUCUAUCGAGUCACCCAUGCUGCAAUUCCUCGAGAAACUUCCAUAUCUGACUGCUGUUAUCAACGAAGGCCUGCGUUUGAAUGUUGGUGUGAUGAGUCGAUCGCCUCGUAUCGCCCAUGAGACUAUUCACUACCAGGGUUGGGCAAUCCCUGCAGGCACACCCGUCAGCGAAUCCAGCUACUUUGUACAACAGGACCCAACGAUAUUCCCUAACCCCGAAGAGUUCGUUCCCGAGCGAUGGAUUGAAGCCCAAGAAAAGGGCUUCCGCCUUGACCGGUACUUGGUCUGUUUCUCCAAGGGAAGUCGGGCAUGUAUAGGCAUCAACCUCGCUUACGCAGAAUUAUACCUCACGUUGGCCAAGAUUAUCCCCCGGUUCGAAAUGGAGCUCUUUGAGACCGAUGUCAGCGAUAUCAAGCCUGAGCGUGACUUUUUCGUACCAGUGCCCAGGCUGGAUUCCAAGGGUAUUCGUGCCAAAGUCACGGCAUUCAACAUUCCAGUUUCCAGCAUAUUGUUUUAUAUUAUAAUUUGUCGUCGGUACUGGGAUUUUUUCCCAGCAGGCAUAAUGAUCCGCCCUCGUACCGUAUUACGGUUAAUUCUCUAUGGUGCUCUGAACUGGCUGGUAUUGGCCGCCUUAUAUGCAGGCCUACCCUCCUUUUCACGAGCUGAUAAUGGCACCAACUACGCCACCAAGGUAUUGCAGUCUGGCGGAAAAUUGACACGAGUUUACGGGACGGAUGACUAUUUCAACGAAAACCACGCUGCGGACUUUCCGGGGAAUAACGAGCAACGAAUUAGUCUCGCGUUAUCUUUUCAAAUCGAUGCCGACUCCAACAAGCUCAUUAUUUCCGAUAUGGGAGAAGUCUCCCUCAGAAAGCCGGAAGAAUGGAAUCCAGCAAAUAAAGACGACGAUGAUUUCUUUCUUCUGGAUAGCCCGCUCGUAGUUUCGGCUCCCGCUGGCGACGACGACGGUGUCAAUCUACCCUGGUUCGACACGGCGGACGCGGUGCUGAUGUUUCAUUUUGUGCAUCGUGACUACGCCUCAGUGAGAUUGCGCGUAGUGUGGAGAGAAAAUGGACAGAAAGUUGAAGUUUGGCCUGAUACAAGUCGAUCAUUGGCACAUGACAAUAUUCCUCUCAUUUCAUUGACCUUGAAUAGUGAUGAGAAUAGUCCAGCGAAGAGAAUCGCAGCAGCCAGCGUUCCUCCACCUCCGUUAUCUCUCUCGCCUAGUGUGACCUACCACAUCAGACUCAUUCUUCUCGCGGUCCUAGCUCCGCUCACAAUUCUCAUUAUGGGAAUAUUUUUCGUUAUUAGCUCGGCCAUUUCCAUUACCCUAAGCUUCCUUUCUCAUUUUCUCUGGGUGGCUGUGUUUGUGCUCGUCGCUCGCUGGCUUUACAAAGGCAGACCACCAGUAGGCGAAUAUGUGCAAAAGGUGACGGACGAUGGAAAAGCCGUGAUAGAGAGAGUAGGGCAGUCCCUGAGCGGAUGGGUUUCAAGUAGUAGGAAAGACGAGGAGCAUAUAGUCGUCCAAGAUAGCAACUUGGGCCUCGAAAGAGAAAGAAAGGUGUAA